UAGCCAUUCAGUUGCUUAACGUACGCGUACGUAUUCAGUUCGAAUAUUUUGUUUUGACGGAAAAUAUUUUCAGUGAAGAAAGACAAUAUUCAAAGCGAAAAGUCGAUUUUCCUGCAUUUUGCAGUUGGUAAAUUUGACAGCGAAAAAUGUGAAUCAAACUUAAUUUAUAUAACCUCAUUGAAAACAAAAAAAAAAUUAUAAGUAUCUUUCCUUGUUAAGCGGAGAGCAGAGGAAUCGGAUUUUCAAAUAUAUCAGUAAAUUUUACAGUAAGCAGUCCACAUGGUAGAUCCGCCGCAAAAACCGUAAGCGCAGCCAAUAACCGCUUUCACAUACGCGCACUCACUCAUACUCACACUACACCUAUACAGGCGACCCACUCGCACGGGCUAAACAAUUUAAAAAUCACGCCGUCAUGAAAUCGACUUUGAUUUGGUUGUUGUUGGCCAGUGCUGGCGCCGUCUUGCUGCUGGGCGAUACAGUGGACGCCUGGAAUCGGCAGUUCUUCAACCGCUAUUCACGCAACUGGCUUCGCAACAAUGCCGACGGUGUAGGGGGACUGGGUGGAAGAGGAGGCGGGGGAGGCGGGGGAGGAGGAGGUGGAGGUAGAGGUGUAGGCGUAAAUGCUGGUGUCGCUGGCAAUGCACCACAAAUCGACGACUUUAAUGGACUUUUCGGUCUCGGCAACGAUGUUACUCUACAUGGCGCAAGUGGAGUUGGAGCUGGUGGUAGAGCAAGUGUUGGCGGCGGAGGAAGUGGUACUGAUAUGGGUUACUCUACCUUCGGUGCUGGCUAUGAUAUCGACACGAGCGGUUUUGGUGGUCAACAACAGACGGAAAUAUAUGGCAUCGUCGAACCACUAAUAGAGGAUACGCCAUGUGUGGAUCGGGCUUGUCAGGCCAAUGAUGAUUGCUGUCCCACAGGUGUCUGCGUAAAUACCUACGGCGAGGGUAAAUGCAUUUAUGUUUAUGGACGGAAACGCGAUCUGUGCCACCGCAAUACAGACUGUGAGCUGGGAAUGUCUUGCCUGAAGACUGCAGCUGGUAAUCUGAUGUGUCAACCGAGUGCAACUGCGGUUCAUCUAUUGAAUGGUGUAGGUGUUGGUGGUGGUGGUGGUGGUGAUGGUGCUGCUACUGCUGCUGCUGCUGCUGGCGUAGGUGGUGUUGGUAAUAAUGCAGUUUCACUUAAUGUUGGCACAAAUAUUGCAACUGUACCCAAGAUGGCAUUGAAUGUAAAGCAAUUUGGCGAGGAUUGUGUGUCGUCGAGCGAUUGUAAUGUGGCCAAGGGCUUAUGUUGCCAGCUGCAACGCACUCAUCAUCGCAUACGUCCACGCAAAUUAUGCGCCUACUUCCGGGAUCCUUUCAUGUGCAUCGACAUUAUGCCAACAGAAGAUGAGGAAGUACGCGAAUCACGCUUCCUAUCCGCCUUCAGUCAGCGACGCAUGUAAUGUGGAUAGUUAAAAUAAAACCAAACACAAGCAACAGAAGCAAGAAAGUACGUAUGUACACUCCCACAGAUAAGCAAGCUACACAAACACACCCACGCAUAGAUACAAUCAAACACACAUACUAUAGUGGACGCGUGCUGCAAACAAACCGGACGUGCAGAUCAAGCGGCAAGCAAGGCAAAACGGCAGCAAUGCAGAUACUCGAACAAUCAUAGAUAAAUACGAUUUUGUGCAAAAAGAAAACUGACGCACGCUGAACAUUUUCAAAUCAAACUUACAUACAUAUCAAACAAAGUUAAACUUUAAACCUAAGAAAAUUUGAACAAAACAAAAAACAAAACAAUAUUAAAGGCAAUGGUUUGUUGGUGGCCAAGAAAAUUCAAAGAUAAUAAAAAUCAAACAUAUCAUUUAUUUAAUAAAAGUAUUGGCAUUAUUGAUCAAGCGCAGUUAACUAUCUAAUGUGGAAAUAAUGGUUUAACGGUAUUAGCACCCAUACAUACUCAACUCAAUGAAUUAUGAAUGGAUGUAUUAGAAAAAAACUGUAUUAUUGUACUUAUGGAAUAAUUGUGUGUUAAAAAAUCCUAUAUUUAGAAAGAUAAUUCAUAUACAUAAUUGUAAGAAUGUAUAUGUACUUAUAAACAAUCAUUUAUAUGUUUAGUUGUAUGCAUAACAGCACAUAAAAUAC